AUCAUGAUCUCAAAUGCUGAAGAACAUGGGAAAGAAUGGCCACCCAUGCUCGUAUGAUGACCCUGGUUACUUGAGGUCCAUGCAAGCCUUUCGGAAGGCACUGGCAUGAAGAGCGCCCCGGAUGUUCCCGUCUCGUUUUCUUUUCCUCUUUUUUGUUUGUUACAUUGUUCCCCUGCCCCUGCAACACACCAACGCUAAACCACCCUUUUAUUCUCUCUCCCGAUACAGGCAGGUGUCACGGACGAACCUAGUACCUUCAUAUACCCCCGAGUGGGUACUCAAGUACAACAGGAUGAAGCUGGAUCGAUUCCCAACUGGCCUCCGCGGGCUUAUUGCGAACGAAGCUACUAGACAUAGCUUCUGCCACCUUAAACACCCUAGUCGGUCAACGGGACUGGAUGGAAGCGGGUGGGCGUCCGCGCUGCCGCCUAAGACCACGCAAGUCUGGCCAGUAGUGCGCCGGCUCGAUAUUACAUCGUCGAAUCAUCAAAUCAUGGUCUGACAUCUUUUGGCGAGGUGUUAGCCAUGCUCGGUUCACCUAGCGGUUUCGCAGGGUGGCGUUGAACUAAUCGUAUCUGCUAUUUCUCCCCAUUAGCUGGGUUGGUGGAAGUACCAUACUCGAAUUUACUGUCAGUUAAAAACACAUGGGCAGGAAUCCAAUGAUGGUGCAACAAAGGGGCUUGAAUUGCCUGUUACUG